GCCACGUGGUGGACUUCUAACUCAAUUUCGAUCGCGCCGACUAUUCAAGACUGCUUACUACGACUGCUCUGUAAUCAAGCUUAGCAAGCUCACCCCCUGUCCAAGGCAUCAUAAUCUAGGCUGGCACCUUUCUUUGCAGCGUAGCCAUCGUCUCUCUUUAAUUACGAACACCUUUCCUCCUGACAAUCGUCACAACUAAUUGGCAGGUCUUGAACAGUUCUCCUGAUCUGCAACUUACUCGCAACUAUGUGUGGAACCACCGUUCAGAUCGAAUACCUUCCGCUAAAAGGAGGUGUCGACCUGGCGACUGGCCAAGACAGAAGAGCGUGGGAGGCAACGCUCGAUACUCUCGGGAAGCAGCCAGGCCUUAAGUCGCUUUUUUGGGGCCGACAGACUGAGAACCCAGAUGUUCUGCAAGUAGUUACUGAAUGGGAGUCUCUGAACGCACACAAGGCAUUCAUCGCGACCCCUGAGCAUCGGCUCUUUCAAGAGACCCUGCACACAGAACUCCUCGCUGGUCCUCCAAAGUCAUUCCACGUCACGCUUCCCGUUACAAAGCCGUCUGCCAAUCCGUUGUGUGCGCCCGUCACAGAAUGCCUCAGUGGGUACUUUAGCGCCACGUACACCUCAGCCGAAUACGAUGCUCAGUUCGCCAAGUUCAAAGACCUUGUCGCCAAAACGCCUAACGUACCGAGUCAGGGCAUAAACGGAGGUUGGAUCAUUGAACCUCAGAAGUAUGAGAGUCUAGGCGAUGGCGUGGAGGGAAAAGGACGGAUGACCUUCAUUGGCUGGCCGAGUGUUGAGUCACAUGUGAACUUUACCAAGUUGGAGGUGUUUCAGAAGAUGGCUCCUCUACUGGGAAACGGGCCGCAGGGUGCGACCUUGUGGCAUGUAGCAUUCACGCAGUACAAGUAAUGCAUCUUACGGCUGAGUGUUUCCACCUUUGCCAACACCUCGAAAUAAUGUCGUGAGAGAGAUCGCGGAGCGAGCCUCGCGUUGUUAAUUGUGGCUUUUACUCGAACAUAUUCAAUUUCAACCUUAACUUCAAAUGCAUAUGAUGUCAAAGAUG